CCAGUGCCCAGGAUCUGGAGAAAGCCAGAGAUCAGGAUUUUGCUGGUUCCCAGCCUAGAGGAGCCACUAAGAAGAGGAAGAAUGGAGAAGCCAUCCAAAGCCAAAUAUCGGAGUCAUGGUAGCUUUCACCCCGAGGAGACCAGAAAGGGGAUGUUUGGGUUGAAGUUGAAGAAGAAGAAGAAUAAAGCAGAGAAGGGGUUAAUCCUAGCCAACAAGGCUGCCCAAGAUGGUCAAGGUGAAGCAGAAGCACCACAGGAGGGCCCUUCUCCCCAGGAAGGACUGAGAGGAGAUUUGAUUUAUGAUGAUGCGUCCAUCACUCCUGUCCCCACAGCUCCUCCAAAGAGAAGAUCAAAACUGUUGACUAAGAUCCAUGAUGGGGAAGUCAGAUCCCAAAGUUAUCAAAUUGCCAUAACCAUCACUGAGGCCCGCCAACUGGUGGGUGAAAACAUUGACCCAGUUGUGAUCAUUGAGGUCGGGGAUGAGAAGAAGCAAAGCACAGUGAAGGAAGGAACCAACAGCCCAUUUUACAAUGAAUACUUUGUCUUCGACUUCAUUGGGCCUCAAGAGCAUCUUUUUGACAAGAUCAUCAAAAUCUCGGUCUUUCAUCAUAAGCUGAUAGGAAGCAUCCUGAUUGGCGCCUUCAAAGUGGACCUGGGCACUGUGUACAACCAGCCUGGUCAUCAGUUCUGUGACAAGUGGGCCCUGCUCACAGACCCUGGUGAUAUCAGGAUUGGCACGAAGGGGUAUCUGAAGUGUGACAUCAGCGUGAUUGGGAAAGGCGACAUCUUAAAGACCAACCCGAAAAUCUCCGAUGCUGAGGAACAAAUAGAAAAGAACCUUUUGAUCCCUCAAGGGUUUCCAUCAGAGAGACCCUGGGCCAGAUUCUAUGUGAGACUCUACAAAGCAGAAGGGUUGCCCAAGAUGAACUCCAGCAUCAUGGCGAACGUGACCAAAGCAUUUGUGGGUGACAGUAAGGACCUCGUGGAUCCCUUCGUGGAGGUCUCCUUUGCUGGGCAGAUGGGGCGAACCACGGUGCAGAAGAAUUGUGCCGAUCCCGUGUGGCAUGAACAGGUGAUCUUCAAGGAAAUGUUCCCUCCCUUGUGUCGGAGGGUGAAAAUCCAGGUGUGGGACGAAGGCAGCGUGAACGAUGUUGCGCUGGCAACCCAUUUCAUUGACCUGAAGAAAAUCUCCAAUGAACAGGAGGGAGAUAAAGGCUUUCUACCUACCUUCGGACCUGCCUGGAUUAACCUGUAUGGCUCACCCAGGAACCACAGUCUGAUGGACGACUACCAGGAAAUGAAUGAAGGCUUUGGAGAAGGCGUGUCAUUCAGGGGCAGAAUUUUGGUGGAAAUUGCUGUGGAAAUCCUCUCGGGAGGGGCACAGGAGUCUAAAUUUUCCAAGGCACUCAAGGACCUCAAGUUGUCUUCAAAGGACAAAGACUCCAAAUCUUCCAAAGGCUCAAGUAAAGACAAGGGUGACAAAACGGACAGUGGAAAACCCCAGCAGGCUUCAGACAAAACCAACUCCACCGAGGUCGAGGUGGAGCCUUUCGAUGUACCCCCAGAGAUUGUACCAGAAAAAUAUGAGGAAUUUUUACUCUUCGGAGCAUUUUUUGAAGCCACCAUGAUUGACCGGAAGAUUGGAGAUAAACCCAUUAGCUUUGAAGUUUCUAUUGGUAAUUUUGGAAACUUGAUUGAUGGAGGCUCCCAUCACGGGAAUAAGAAGAAGUCAGCUGAGUCAGCUGAAGAAGACACCCUUCCGCUGCUGCAAGAGGGAGAAAGGGACACAGCGCAGGAGGUUGCCAUCCCUAUGGUCUCCACCACUCACCCAGAGAAGCCACUCGUGACAGAAGGAAACAGAAAUUACAACUACUUGCCAUUUGAGGCCAAGAAGCCCUGCGUCUACUUCAUCAGUUCCUGGGGAGACCAGACGUUUAGGCUGUACUGGUCCAACAUGCUGGAGAAAAUGGCAGACCUGCUGGAAGAAAGUAUAGAAGAAGUGAAAGAAUUGAUCAAGAUUUCAGAGGAAGCACCAGAGGAGAAAAUGAAGACAGUGCUCAAUGACUUCAUCAGUCAAAGCAGUGCCUUUAUCUCUGAGGCAGAAAAGAAGCCCAAGAUGUUGAACCAAACCACUUUAGAUAAGAAACGACUUACGCUCUGUUGGCAGGAGCUGGAUGCGAUGGCCAAGAAGGCCAAAGGGAUCAUUCAGCAGCAGAAGAAAAAGUUAUCACUUGAUGAAAUGAUCCAUGAAGCCCAAAAUUUUGUGGAAAAAAUCCGCUUCCUUGUGGAUGAGCCACAGCACACCAUCCCUGACGUCUUCCUCUGGAUGCUCAGCAACAACAAGAGGGUGGCCUACGCCCGCAUCGCCUCCAAGGACCUGCUCUACUCCCCCGCCAGGGAGCAGAUGGGCAAAUACUGUGGAGCCAUCAAGACUCAUUUCCUCAAACUUCCUGGCAAACGGCCAGCUGGCUGGUCGGUGCAGGCCAAAGUCGACGUGUACCUGUGGCUGGGCUCGGCCAAACACUCCGGUGCCAUUUUGGACAACUUGCCAGCCGGCUAUGAAGCAGAAAUGUCCUCCAAAGUGGCUGUCCCCGCUCACCCUCCAGCCAACCUGAUCUACCAAGACCGGCAUAUCUUCCAGCUGAGGGCGCACAUGUACCAAGCCCGGGGCCUCAUCGCGGCCGACAGCAACGGACUUUCAGACCCUUUUGCCAAAGUCACGUUCCUUUCCCACUGCCAGACCACAAAGGUCAUUUCCCAGACCCUCUCCCCGACCUGGAACCAGAUGCUGCUGUUCAAUGACCUGGUGCUGCACGGAGACCACCAGGAGCUGGCCGAGUCCCCGCCCUUGGUGGUGGUGGAGCUAUAUGACAGCGACGCGGUGGGAAAGCCGGAAUAUUUGGGAGCCACGGUGGCUGCUCCUGUUGUGAAGCUGGCUGACCAGGACUAUGAGGCGCCCCGGCUGUGCUAUCACCCCAUCUUCUGUGGGAACCUCUCUGGAGGGGACCUCCUUGCUGUGUUUGAGUUGUUACAGGUCCCUUCAUCCGGGCUAGAGGGGCUCCCUCCCAUUGACCCACCAGACGUCACCCAGAUCUACCCGGUUCCUGCCAGCAUUCGGCCAGUGCUGAGUAAAUACCGAGUGGAGGUUCUCUUCUGGGGAGUCCGAGAGAUGAAGAAGGUGCAGCUGCUCUCGGUGGAUCGCCCGCAGGUGCUCAUCGAGUGCGGGGGACGAGGAGUCAAGUCCUGCGUGAUCCAGAGCUACAAGAACAACCCGAACUUCAGCAUCCAGGCCGACGCUUUCGAAGUGGAGCUGCCUGAGAAUGAGCUGCUGCACCCGCCCCUGAGCAUCUGUGUGGUGGACUGGAGGGCUUUCGGGAGGAGCACCCUGGUGGGCACCUACACCAUCAACUGCUUGAAGCAGUUCUUGUGUAAAUCCAGGGAGCCCCUCGCCCCCUCCUCACAGGUGGACGGAACCCCGGCUGGGCAAGAUUCGCUAAUAGCCACUGAGCCCUCUGGGCCCCUCAGCUCCUCCCAGGACCCCCCAACAGAUCACAUCUAUGUGGACGUUGAGCCACCUCCCACGGUGCUACCUGACUCUGCCCAGGUUCAGAAGGCAAGUCAGGUUGACGUCCCCGACUCAUCCCCUAUGCUGGCGGCCGAACGCCCACCUGCAGCCCGGGAGCCACCACAGGAUGGAAAAGCUAAGGAUGCCAGGAAACCUUCCCGGAGGUCCACCAAAAGGAGGAAGAGGACCAUAGCAGAUGAGUCGGCUGAAAACGUCAUUGACUGGUGGUCCAAAUACUAUGCCUCCGUGAAGAAAGCACAGAAGGAAAAGGAGAGAAAUCUCAAAGAGAAAAAAGACAAUACAGGUGCAAAACCAGAUGAGGUCGUGGUGAAUAUAGAAGAUGGCCCGAAGAAGAAGAAAGAUAAAAUGCUCAAGAAGAAGCCCAAAGAAGAUGAAAUCCCCAACCUGGCUGUCUUGAAGAUAUAUGAUGGCGACCUCGAGAGUGAGUUCAACAAUUUUGAAGACUGGGUGAAAACCUUUGAGCUCUUCAGAGGCAAGUCUUCGGAAGAUGACCACGGCCUUGAUGGAGACCGAGUCAUAGGAAAGUUUAAGGGCUCUUUCUGCAUUUACAAAAGCCCCGAGGAUUCCAGCACUGAGGACAACGGGCAGCUGAGAAUCCAGCAAGGGAUUCCGCCCAACCACCCCGUCAAAGUCAUGAUCCGGGUGUACAUUGUGGCGGCAUUUAAUCUUAGCCCAGCCGAUCCAGACGGCAAAUCGGAUCCCUACAUUGUGGUCAAGCUUGGCAAAACGGAAAUCAAGGACCGAGACAAAUACAUCCCCAAGCAGCUGAACCCAGUGUUUGGAAGGUCAUUUGAGAUCCAGGCCACGUUCCCAAAGGAGUCUCUGCUCUCCGUCCUGAUCUACGACCAUGACAUGAUCGGGACAGAUGACCUCAUUGGCGAGACCAGGAUCGACCUGGAGAACCGCUUUUACAGCAAACACCGAGCCAUCUGCGGCCUGCAGAGCCAGUACGAGAUAGAAGGAUACAACGCCUGGAGAGACACGUCCAAGCCCACGGAAAUCCUCGCCAAGCUCUGCAAGGACAACAAGCUGGAUGGGCCCUACUUCCAUCCCGGGAAAAUACAGAUCGGAAGCCAGGUCUUUUCUGGAAAAACAGUCUUCACUGAAGAGGACUCGGAUGAGACGGUGGAGUCUUACGAGCACUUGGCCCUCAAAGUUUUACACUCUUGGAAUGAUAUCCCAGAGGUUGGGUGUAGGCUGGUUCCUGAGCACAUAGAAACCCGUCCGCUGUACCACAAGGAUAAGCCAGGGAUGGAGCAGGGCCGCCUGCAGAUGUGGGUGGACAUGUUUCCCAAAGAUAUGCCUCAGCCUGGACCUCCUGUUGACAUUUCACCAAGGCAACCCAAAGGAUAUGAAUUGAGAGUAACCAUCUGGAACACUGAAGAUGUCAUUUUAGAGGAUGAGAAUAUCUUCACAGGACAAAAAUCAAGUGAUAUUUAUGUUAAAGGGUGGAUAAAGGGUUUGGAAGACGACAAGCAGGAGACAGACGUGCAUUACAACUCCCUGACCGGCGAGGGGAACUUCAACUGGCGCUUCCUGUUUCCGUUUCAGUAUCUCCCAGCUGAGAAGCAAAUGGUCAUCACCAAGAGGGAGAACAUCUUUUCCUUGGAGAAGAUGGAGUGUAAGACGCCAGCUGUGCUGGUGCUCCAGGUCUGGGAUUUUGAAAGGCUGUCCUCCGAUGACUUUCUGGGCUCCCUGGAAAUGAACCUCAACAGUUUCCCCCGGGCAGCCAAGUCUGCCAAAGCCUGUGAUCUCAGCAAGUUUGAAAAUGCGAGUGAGGAGAGCAAGAUCUCCAUAUUCCAGCAAAAGCGCGUCCGGGGCUGGUGGCCUUUUGCUAAAAGCAAAGAACUCACAGGGAAGGUGGAGGCCGAGUUCCACCUGGUUACUGCGGAGGAGGCUGAGAAAAACCCUGUCGGGAAAGCGCGGAAGGAGCCAGAGCCCCUGGCCAAGCCCAACCGCCCAGACACCUCCUUCUCCUGGUUUGUGAGCCCCUUCAAGUGCCUGUACCACCUCAUCUGGAAGAAUUACAAGAAGUACAUCAUCAUCGCUUUCAUUCUGAUCAUCCUCAUCAUCUUCCUGGUCCUCUUCAUCUACACCUUGCCAGGUGCCAUCAGCCGAAAGAUUGUUGUGGGCUCCUAGAGGAUCAUGGAGGACCCGGGCCCUCCCUUUCUACGAAUCCUCUCCUCUUCCUCACCUGUAAAUACAGAAGAAAGGGUGCUCUGUGCAGGUACUGUGCUGGGUGCUAAUGGGAUGAACCCAAGGGGCCUCAGAACCAGUCACUAUGUCUAGGGACAGAGCAGCUCUUCCUUUUUAAAAAAAAAUAUGUUUUAUUGAUUUUUUACAGAGAGGAAGGGAGAGGGAUAGAGAGCUAGAAAUAUCGUUGAGGGAGACAUAUUGAUCAGCUGCCUCCUGCACACCUCCUACUGGGGAUGUGCCCACAACCAAGGUACAUGCCCUUGACCAGAAUCGAACCUAGGACCUUUCAGUCCACAGGCGGGCACUCUAUCCACUGAGCCAAACCAGUUAGGGCCAGAUCAGCUCUUCUUGGAGGAGACGGGAAAGGAACAGUCCCUCCUCACCCUGACCCCUGCCACCACCUUUCACACAUAAGCUUUAAGUCAUGUUUUCAGCCAUGGGAAGCAUGAAAUAAUCAACGGUGACCUCAAAUUGAUUUAGGUGGAUGUUUUCUUUAUGUAACUGGUUUUAUUCUGAAAAGUUUAAUUCUCUGUCUGAGAUUUUAUUGGAAGUACUUUCUUUCAAAUAAAAAUUUUAUGGGAAAUAAACUGAACACAUUUUAGCAACUACUAGGUAUUCAACCUGUCCCAUAUAUCUUAAGUUUGUUUAAUCCUUACAGUUUACAAAACACAUUUACUUAUUCAGGCUGCAAAACUAGCUUGGAGAAAAAAUCAUACAAAUCACCUAAAAUAUUUCAUGGUUGAAAUUCCCGUCUAGAGGUGAGAUGAGGCUGGUUUUCCAUUAAAGUCAACACUUGCAAAGCUUGUGAUUGGCGGUGGUAGUGAGUUCUGGAAAAAUCCAUUUGGAUUUAUGUUCUCUGGCAAUUUCCAAGUGGGAAUUUUGUGUAUGAAAAAUAAUUUUGAGUAUGUGUGUAGAGGCAGGGGCAGAGCCCCAAGUAUCAUGAGAAUUCUCUUCAGCCAGGUACAUAGCCCACCAGACACGACCCAUAGAUCAUGAUCCGAAUGACCACUGUUGGCGCCAUUCAACACUUAGUCUUACCACCAUCUGUGGUAGGGUCUGUCAGACUCCCAGGCAGAGAUGAAUUUCAAAAGCAGUCUUAGAAACAACAGCCUAUCGCUGGUCAGGUGGGGCCGGUUUUUCUUGAAAGUGAACCUUGGCUCUUCAAAGUAACCCAGCCUGGAUCUGCUGCCCCACCUGGAGGAGGGAGUGAAAGUGAGGGGCCGGUGUUCUCAGAAUAAGGGAACAAAGGAAUUGGGGUGUUUAGCCUCAGACACAAGUAAAUAUGGCACCACUUCUUCUUUCUAUCACGGGGGCUAUUUGGUGGUAUUGAGGAGGCUUGAUUGAGGUUCCCCUCUUGAUCCCGGAAAUACAUGGCUAUUGAUUUCUUUAGCUAGCCUGCCACAUAGGUAACUGUUCUAAAAUAAAGGAUGUUUACUUCCACAUGGAAAGUCAUUCCAGAAUGUUC